CUUUCGCUGGCACGGGGCAGCCAAUGAGAGGCGGCCUCCUAACAGCCACCUGACGGGGCGCGUUCUAUUCUGGGUCUUAUUCCGGAAUUCAAAACAAAAAGAUCUCGGGGCUUCGAGGGGAGAGACUUUGAUCCUCGCCUCCCCACGCUUUGGCUACUGAGUCGGACGGGUCCUUUCCUUUAUGGCUGAAACCCUGUGCUUGGCAGCUGGGAAGGCUGGCUGUGUGGUCACAGUGUCGUGUCUCAAUGACCGCAGUGCGGCUGUGGGCACCUCUCCUCAGGGGACCUGGAGUGGCAGCGGCGUCUUCUUGACUCUUGACCCAGGCAUCAUCCUCUGCCACGGCUCCGUCUUCUCGCCUUUCCUGCUGGAAACAGAGCACUUCAGUUCAACCAAAUGCAAAGUACUGCUGCCUGAGAACUUCUCCCCAGACCUCCAGAUCCAAGUGCUGGUGACAGAUGAAGGCAGCAGCCAACCCCCCUGCAGAAGUUUGCCGGACAGGGAUCUGGGGGAUGGCACCCCAAUGUUGCGGUUCAAUCAGCUUUCCAGCCAGCAGAAGAUCCACAACAGCCGGAAACAUCGAGAAGCCGAGCUCAUUCUGAUGGCCCCUUGCCUACAGUUCCAGGAGGCUUUUGCCAAAAUCUUCAGUGCUUCUGACCAGUGGCAUUUUGGAGUGAAUGAAGUCGGACAAGAGUCUGGCUCUGUUGCGGAUGAGAUGCGUUUCCUGCACUGGUUUGCUUUGUUGAGGAUCCUGGACAGCCGUUUCCCCAGUUCUGGAUGGGUGAGCUGUGCGCCAGCCAAGUGGCUGAGGAAGGGGGACCCGCUCAUUGCCUGCGGCUCCCCUUUUGGGGCGUUUUGUCCCGACAUUUUCAUGAAUACUUUCAGCAAAGGGAUUGUGAGCAACACCUCAGGAGAAGGCAAUGUCCUCAUCCUGACGGACGCGCGCUGCUUGCCUGGCACAGAAGGCGGUGGGGUCUUUGCAGUCUCAAAAAAUGGUUUUCACUUGGUUGGAAUCAUUGUCAUUCCACUUUGCUGGAAAGCCAAUGAGUGGGUUGGCCUGACUCUGGUUUGUGCCAUUGACUGCAUCCUGGAAAGUAUUGGACACAUCCUUUCUGGGCCCCCUUGGUUUUGCAAAACCUGGUUGCACCCCAUGGCACUUGUGACUAAGCCUCAUUAUGGUCCGGUAGCCAGAGAUGGUUUGAUUCAGCAAAUGUUAGCUGCCGUGGUUCUGGUUGAAUGUGGACCAACCUGGGGUUCUGGUGUGAUGGUGAGUCCGCGACUUGUGUUGACCUGCCGACAUGUGGUCAGUGGCGCCUCCAACGUUUGCGUGAGAUUACAACCCCACCUUGACAAGGCUUCUGUUGCUAAAGGAAAAGUGAUCUUUGCAACCAAGGACUCUUCUCCCUAUGAUGUGGCUCUGGUCGAGUUGGAGGAAAGUUUGACCACUUUUGCAAUUCCUAUUCUUGCAUCAGAGUUUUGCCCAGGAGAAGAGGUGAGUGUCGUUGGCUUUGGGGUCUUUGGCCAGACCUGCAGCCCAUCAGUAACAUCAGGAAUCCUGUCUGCAGUCAUCACUGUGGAAGAGAAGACUGUGAUGCUCCAGGCAACUUGUGCAGUUCAUGGUGGUUCAAGCGGAGGAGCACUUUUUUCUAUGCGCAGUGGGAAACUCCUAGGUAUCGUAGCCAGCAAUACCAGGGAUAACAGCAUCGGGGUAACAUACCCACACCUCAACUUCAGCAUUCCCAUUACUGUCCUGCAGCCAGCCAUUUGGGAAUUCAUCCAAGAGAGACGCCUGCAUGCCUUCCAGGAGUUAGACAGGGUUGGCAAGAGGAUCCAGGUUGUCUGGAGGCUCCAGAGAGAACCAGAGACGAUGCCUCUCAGCAAGCUGUGAACAUCUUCAGAAACAAGAGGGAAAGCACGUACAAGAUCCGCCACUUCAAAUUGGGAAUCUCCUAUCCCCAGAAACCUGAUCUUGUUAUGAAAUACACAUUUAAUUUUGAAUUAGUUUUCUUUGUGGGCAGUGGAUUUUGAGUUUAGCAAGACUUUCCUCAACUGAACUCCAGAGCUCGGAAAUAAAAAAAAAAUUGAACUAUGUGCCCCAGAAUCCCCCAUUUAGUAUGGUCAGUGGGCAUGCCAGUUGGGGGAAGAGGGAUUGUGGCAGUUGUCGUCCAAGCAAGAAACAUUUCCGAACUGUUUUUAACCCAUGGCAUUUAGAAGUUGGCAGUUGUUUGAACUGGAGCUCCCACAAUACUUUUCUAUUUGACUAACCAUCUGGGUCUUGUAAUCCAUAGGUCCAACAUUCCCCACUCCUGCCUUAAACAAUUCUGCCCAUUCACCAUGGCUGCCUCUUCUUCCCAUAUGUCCUCCCAUCUAGCUGCAAUCAUCCUGCUUCAAAAUAUGCUUUUGUGUGUGGAACGCCUCUAGUUUUAUCCCAUAAUCUUCCCUUCCAUCCCAUAAACUGCAUUUACCCAACAUCUAUGCUUCUUUCUCUUGCCUUCCUGCACAGUUGAGAUUUAGAUGAGCAUCUGAAGGCAACGCCAUGUCCUUAAUUUUACUUGGGAUGUUCAAUAAUUAAAGAAUAAGCUUAUGGGUGCUGAAUUAGGUUUUAUUUAUUCAUUGUCUUCUGUUGCCACCAGAAGUUGAAUCGUAAUUUGGAGCAACUGUGUACAGAACUAAGAAACAUAUUCAGGAAUGUUGGACAUUUAGCAAAAUAAAAGGUAAAGGUUUCCCUUGA